UCUCUCUCUCUCUCUCUCUCUCUCUCUCUCUCUCUCUCUCUCUCUCUGUCUCUCUGUCUCUCUCUCUCUCUCUCUCUCUCUCUGGGGUUUUGGCUUUAGGACUCAACCAGUGGAGGAAACUCGCUCGCCCUUUGUUCUUCCUAUCUCACAGUUCACCCCCUCCAGUGUGUGUGUGUGUGUGUGUUGGAUGCCAGACGUCUCGGGGUGACGCUGAGCUGUUGAAUUGGGGGGUGGUGGCAAACGGUGAGUGUUAAGUGUUAUGUGUGACAGCAUUCCUCUUCCUCUGAGCGUGUGCACGAGGUGAAGGAGAAGAAGACGGAGACGAACACAGAAGCUCCCCAACAACUGGAGCAGCAGUGAGUCACUUCCAGCCAUAGCAGCAGCAGCAGCAGCUGCUGGAUCAUUUUACAGCCUGACUCCGACCUCGUCCAACAUUGUGCACUUCUGCAGCGACACCGGGCCGCAGGACGUCCAGGUUGUUGUGACUCCAGACAAAAGAUGAGGAUGUGGUCUGAGGCAGACUGAGACCUGAACCAAGUUUCCCUCACGUCAACUUUCCUCACCUGAGCCUGUGAAACCAGAGGAGCUCACGAUCCUUAAAAUGGCUGCCGUCGGCGUGUUGCUGCGGCUGCUGGCAGCAACGGCCGUCUGCAGCGGGAGUUUGGUCGUGGUGAACUCGGGCGUGGAGGUGGCGAGGGGUCGCUCGGUGUUCGUCACCGAGCAGGAGCUGAAGAUCAGCGUGGAUCCGGGCGCCGACUGUAAGGUGGAGGUGGUGAUGAACGAACCCGUCACUCAGAGAGUGGGCAGGCUGACUCCGCAGGUGUUUGACUGCAGCUUCCUAGACGACGAGGUCAAAUACGUCCACAACGGCAGUCCUCUGCUGGACGAGGACACGGUGAUGCUCCGAGUCUACAGGUUCACGUCCUCAGACACGCUGGUGGAGACGGUGGUUCUGCCGGUGCGGGUGGUGGACGGCGGAUCUGGUGUGGUGGAGCUGGGCGCUGCUCCUCUGGUGGUUCCUCACUUCUACGCUUUGUCCAACGCCAUCGACGGCUCCGUGCUGCGCAUCAGGACCACGGCCGAGCUGCUCUGCACCGUCAGACUGACGACCUCCGACGCCGACGUCCCCGCUCUGGGUCAGCUGGUGAGGGAGGAGGACGCCGCCCAGAGGAAAGGCAGAGAGACGGCGAUGCUCUGUCCCGGAAACAAACCCUGUCGUCACGACACCAAGGAGGUUCGCUUCCUCAAAACCAGCUGCCAGGACUUCCUGACCUCUGGGCUGAAGUACCAGCACCUCAGCCCUCCGUCACCGGAGAUUGACUACAUCCCCAUCAGGGUGGAGCUGAGGGAGCAGGCCACCAGGGCCCUGCUGGAGACAGAGGCGGUAUGGUUGCCGGUUUUGAUCCACGAUGCGGUGCAGAACCAGCCGCCCCAGGCUGCCUUCAUGGCCUCCUUCAUCCUGGAGGUGGACCAGUUCAUCCUCACACCGCUCACCACUGCGGCACUGGACGCCAAGGACCACGAGACGCCGCAGGAGAGGCUGGUCUUCAAUGUGACCGUCCCGCCCCCCGAGGGCUACCUCACCCACCUGGACGACCACACCAAGCCCAUCGGGUCUUUCACCUGGCAGGACCUUCACGAGAUGAUGGUGGCCUACCAGCCUCCAAACAGCAGCCAAUCAAAUCGCAGGAACUAUGAGGUGGAGUUCCAGGCUAUAGACGGUUCCUAUAUGAGCAGCCCACCCAUCAUGGUCCACAUCUCCAUCAGGGCGGCGGAAACAAACGCACCCAGAGUCUCCUGGAACAUGGGUCUGGACCUGUUGGAGGGUCAGUCCCGACCAAUCACGUGGGAGGAGCUGCAGAUAGUCGACAAUGACAACAUCGACAGCGUCUUCCUGGUGGCGGUGGACGGUCCUCUGCACGGGCGUCUCAGUGUCAGAGGCGGGAAGGCGUUCAUGUUCCGCGUGCGCGACCUGAGGGAGGGCGUGGUCGUCUACCACCACUCCGACAGCGACACCACGCGCGACCACGUCGUCUUCCGCAUCAGCGACGGCCGCCACAGCAUCCGCCACAAGUUCCCCAUCAACAUCCUGCCCAAGGACGACUCGCCGCCCUUCCUCAUCAACAACGUGGCGGUGGAGGUGCGGGAGGGCGGCGCCGUGAGGCUGGAGGCGUUGGCGCUGCUGGCCUCCGACCUGGACUCCAGCGACGACUACAUCCUCUACCGGGUGGUGUCCCCGCCCCGGGCCGGGCAGCUGGUGAGGAAGAGCUCCGCCCAGGAGACAGCGCGUCCCGUGGACAGUUUCCUGCAGAGAGAUCUGCUGCAGGGUCAGAUCUUCUACCAGCACUCGGGAGACGAGGAGUUCGAGGACUCCUUUGACUUCACGCUGUCCGACAGCCACCAGCCGCCAAACCUCUCCCAGACACAUACGCUGGUGGUCCAGGUGUUCCCGGUGAAGGACCAGCUGCCGGUGGAGGCGUCCGGCAGCGUUCGCUCUCUGACGGUGAAGGAGACGGACGUGGUUUACAUCACUCAGUCUCACCUGCACUUCACCGACAGAGAACAUCCAGGCAGCGACCUCACCUACGUGGUCACGCAGCCCUGCUUCAGCCCACUGCAUCCUGGGCUGAUGGACGCAGGACGUCUGUUCUACACUGACGUCACCAACGCCAUGAAGAGGGACCACAUGGUGCCGGUGUUAAAGUCCUUCACACAGGUGCAUCACACUCUUCAUCCUUUACUGUUAAAUGCACCAGAUCCAGAUGUUUAUUUGGACCCGCACCAAACUGCAGUUUUAAUGUCUCUCCACGCGCCUCCGUUCUCCCAGCAUGCAGUGCACCACAUGAAGGUGGCCUUCAUGCCUCCGGUGGAGGACAUCGGCCCGGCGCCGCUCUUUGUCCAGUUCGUCUUCUCCGUCAGCGACCACCACGGCGGCACCGUCUCCGGCCUCCUCUUCAACAUCACCAUCACCCCCGUGGACGACCAGGCACCAGAGGCCUUCACCAACCUUCUGCGGGUGGAGGAGGGCGGAGGGGCCUUCGUGACCGAGGAGCACCUCCUGGUGCGGGAUCGGGACAGCGGGGAGGAGGCCCUGAGGGUGGAGCUCCAGAGGACGUCCCGCCACGGUCGACUGGAGCUGCAGGGACGAACGCUGCUGCAGGGAGACGGGUUCACGCUGCCGGACCUGAGAGGACUACGACUCAGGUACAUCCACGACGACUCGGAGACCACGGAGGACGAGGUGCGUCUGAAGGUGACGGACGGUCUGAACUGGGCUCACGUGCUUCUACUCAUCCAGAUCCUGCCGAUGAACGACGAGCCCCCCCAGCUGGGCGGCGGCCUGCGGGGCGAGCUGAGCUGCGAGGAGGGGGGGCGCGUCCAGGUGACAGUGGACUACCUGUCGGCCACGGACCGGGACAGCGACGACUCCAGGCUGACCUACAUGCUGGCCCGCAGGCCGGGCCGAGGGGAGCUGCAGCGAGCCGGACUGGGCGUGGACAGGUUCUCUCAGCAGGACCUGCUGCAGGGACACGUGUACUACGCCCACACAGGAGGAGAGAUCGGACCCGAGCCGGUGUUCGACACCGUCACUCUCAUCAUCUCCGAUGGCGAGGCCGGAGGGACGGAUGGCUGUUGCCACGGAGACGCCCCGCCCCCACCCGUCCCCCUCCAUGGCACGCUUCCUGUGUACGACCUCAACAUCACCGUCCUCCCCGUCAACAACAAAGUCCCCGCUGUCACCCUGGGUGAGUCCCUGCUGGUGGUGGACGAGGGCUCCUCAGCCUGUCUGUGCGGGGGGGUCCUGGGAGCCUCGGACCCCGACAGCCCCCUCGACCAGCUGACCUUCCACCUGGAGACUCCGCCUCUGCACGGCUUCCUGGAGAACACGCUGCCGACGCCCGGAUCUGAGAAGAGCAACGCGGGAGUCCGAGUCGAAUCCUUCAGCUUCGUCCACCUGACGUCUGGUUUGAUCAACUAUGUCCAGUCGGAGCACAAGGGGGCGGAGCCAACUGUCGACCAACUGUCCAUUAGUGUGAGCGAUGGCUUGCAUCGCUCCGCCCCCGUCCCCUUCUACAUCAUCAUCAGUCCAACCAACGACGAGACGCCGUCUCUGCUGCUCGCCAACUUCUCCGUGAAGGAGGGCGGGAUCAGGGAGCUGACUCCGCCCCUACUGAACGGUCUGGACCUGGACGCCCCUCCGGACCUGCUGACCUUCACGGUGCUGCAGCCGCCGGCUCACGGACGCCUCAUCAACGGCAUCUACGGCGGCGAGAAGAGUCGCUACACGGAGAUGGGCGGCGUCCUGCGGCAGAGCCUCACCGUCGCCUCGUUCACUCUGCAGGAGCUGCGACAAGGCAUGAAGAUCAUGUACAUGCAUGAUGACACAGAAACCCUGGAGGACGUUGUGGCUCUGCAGCUGACAGAUGGCGUCCACACAGUUCGGGGGACGGCUCAGAUCACCGUGCUGCCGGUCAACGACGAGAAGCCACGACUGCUCAAGAACGCUGGGUUGGAGGUGGACUCCGGUGAGCGCAGGGUGAUUUCCAGCGUGUCUCUGGAGGCCGAGGACGUGGACACGCCCCCCAACCAGGUGUUCUACUUCAUCAACGCUGCGCCGCGGUUUGGGAACCUGCAGCUGAAGACGGAGUCGGGUUGGACCGAGCUGUCGGCCGGUCGCAACUUCACUCAGGACGACGUGGAGAUGAACCGCCUGUGGUACAAACACGCCGCCGACUCGGCCGCCGCCUUCAAGGGUCACGACAGCUUCCGCUUCACCCUCAGCGACCUGGACAACGAGUCUCCUGCUCAGAGCUUCUUCGUGUCCGUCCGCACUGUGCAGAAAGGUGACAUCGUGCUGCUGAGCACGGCGGUGCACCUGAGGGAGGGGCAGCGGGUCGUCCUGACCACCGACAUCCUGCUGGCGUCGGACGCCGCGGCUCGUCCCGAGGAGCUGGUCUUCACCGUGACGGUCCCGCCUCGACACGGCCUCGUCCACGCCGUCCGGCGGCCCGGGGUCCCGCUGGGCAGCUUCACGCAGCUGGACGUCGCCGCGCACCGAGUGUGUUACACACACGACAACGGCCACGACGCCGAGUCGGACGCCUUCAGUUUCGUCGUCACCAACGGCGUCUCGUCGCGCUCGGGCUCCCUGCACUUCACCGUGGAGCACGGCGACCGCAUCCCCCCGACCCUCCGCCACAACGCCGGCCUCCGGCUGCAGGACGGCGCCACGGAGACCAUCGGCGGCGAGCGGCUGCAGCUCACCGACCCCGACACGGCCGCCGCCAACCUGAGCUACGUCGUCACGCAGCCGCCGCGCUACGGCAAGCUGCUGCUGAGGGGCGUCCCACUGACUCCGCCCCUGAGGUUCACCCAGACCGACGUGGACGGGCUGAACCUGGCGUACCGGCAGGACCCGGGGAGCCCGGCGGAGGUCGACGGGUUCCACUUCCUGCCGAGCGACGGACACAACAGAGGGUACCUGGAGUUAGGACAGCUGAGAGAAGAGCCCGCUGUGUUUAACAUACAGGUGCAUCGGGUGGACCGGACGCCUCCCAGUCUCACCACCAAACUCAGUCCCAGCUCCGUGGUGGAUUUGGGCGGCGGACGUUUCGGCAUCUUCAUCACCAGCAGACACCUGCAGGCGUCCGACCCCGACAGCCCCACGGACGAGCUGCAGUUCUCCGUCAGCAGACCGCCGCACUUCGGCUUCCUGGAGAACCUCGUCACGGGAGCCUACAUCAGAGGUCGCUUCACCCAGCGGGACGUGGACCGGCGCGCCGUCGUCUUCGUCCUCCCCGUCGACGUGGAGGUGACGGCCGACAGCUUCGAGUUCCGCCUCAGCGACCCGGCGGGAAACGCCGCGCUGCCCGACAUACUGGAGCUGUGCUGGUCUCGCGUGGACUUGUCGGCGACCUGCUACAGAACCUGUGAGACGUCAGGAACUCUUCAGAUCCAGAUCCAGCGCAGUGGGCGGAGCGUGGACCCGGCCUACGUCGCCAUCCAGGUGGAGGAAGGUUCGGCCAAACCCGGCAGAGAUUUCACUCACAGCUCAGCCGGACUGAUCCAGUUCGACCCAGGCGUCAGCGUGAAAACAUGGAACAUUUUCCUGAUCGACGACGGUCUGGAGGAAAACCAUGAGACGUUCACUGUCACACUGAAGAAUCCAAAAAACGCCGUCCUGGGACAGAGAACGUCUGCUAGUGUGGAGAUCAUCGACCCCAGAGGAGGAAGCUGCGACCCAGGCGACCUGGUGGAGGAGGGCGGGAAGCGGCUGCCCCCACCUGCUCGCCUCCCUGACCCUCCCGCCAGGCCGGAGGAGGAGGAGGAGGAGGAGGAGGAGGAGGAGGAUCCCGUCACCGACAUCGAGGCGGAGCUGCUGUGGGAGAACCCGUCUCACCCUCCCAGAGGAGACGUCCCGAACCGCCCGCCCUUCCUGGACUACGGAGCGGAACCACAGGACCAGGCGGCCGCCAGCUACAGCCACACCCCCAACCAUGACCACACCCCCCAGCUCAGACACCCCCCCCUCCCCGGCAGGAAGCCGACGGGGACGAGAGCAGGAAGCAGAGUCCCACAUGGAAAACUACAGGUUCACGUGUCAGAAGAGACGACGCUUGAAAACAAAGUCUGGACGUUCCACAGUCUGAGUCCUCUGCGGCUCGAGGAGCUGAAGCCCGGUGACUCCGGGUGGAGCUGGUCUCCUCACAGUCGCCCCCUGCAGGAGGUGCGAGGUGCAGACGCCCCUCAGAUGGAUCGCCCUGCUCCCAGACACCACCUGGAGCGACACCAGCACAAAAGUGUGAAGUCCGUCAGCAGCUCGUGUCCCGACGGUUGGACUCACUACAGGAGACGUUGUUACAUCAUCAGCCCGUCGGUGGCGAGCUGGGCGAGCGCCGAGAGGACCUGCUCACUGAUGUUCAACAGCAGCCUGACCAGCGUUCGCUCCCGGAGGGACAUGACCUGGCUGUGGAGGUUCGCCGGGAAGAAGCCAUUUUGGAUCGGUCUGUCCGGAGGUUCGAGCGGCUGGAUGUGGUUGGACGGCCGCUCGCCGUCCUUCUCCAGGCUGCAGGGGGCGCCGCAGAGCCGCCGCGGUGGCGGCUCCGACUGCGUGCUGGUUGAAAACCCGCGGAGCUGGAUUCCCACGAGCUGCUCGGCAGAAUCUCAACACGCGUUCGUCUGUUCGUCGCCGGCUGAUCAUCACACUCACUGACAGGCUCUGGGCCCCGUCGUCGUGACGACCGGGGGGAACAAGUCAUAUUUAAUGUUACGCAAUGAUGCUGCUGCUCUGUACAUUAGUCUUCAUAUUUUUGUCAUAAUAAAGAUGCUGCGCAAACCAAAA